AUGAUAACUGAAUCUUGGCUAAGUGAUGAUAUCGGUGAUUCCUCGGUUAAGAUCGGUAAUAAAUACAACAUAUUUCGUCGCGAUAGAAAGUCUCCUGGCGGUGGAGUGAUCGCCUACGUGAAUAAUUGUUUACCAACAGAGCGUAUGACUCACCUCGAAGAAGAAAACAAAGAAGUGAUAUGGUUGUUGUUAAAACCCCCAAGAACCCCUAGACCUUACAGUACAAUCGUUGCUGCUGUUGUGUACUACCCUCCUGGUCAAUCCGCCGAACAAGCAAUCGAUAUGAAUGAAUACUUAACUACUUGUAUAGAUAGUCUUUUGCGCGAACGUCCUUCAUCUGGAAUUGUUAUAGCUGGGGACUUCAAUCAACUAAAAUUAAGAGAACUAUGUAACAGAUUUAAUUUAAAAAGAUCCGUAACUAAACCGACUAGAGGACACAACAUUCUUGAUCAAAUCCUUACAAAUAUGCUCCCUCUCUUUGACACUGUUAGCCAUCUCCCCCCAACCGGACGCUCCGACCACCAAUGUCUUCUAAUCAAGCCCAUUAAAAGACAGAAAACUCCGGUUACGUCAAAAAAAAUUAGAUUGAUGAAACGAGCAAAUUUAAAUGACCUCUCCCUGAAUAGCUUCUGAAGAUUGGACUACUGUAUAUUCAGCACUGGAUGUGGAUGAGAAAGUAUCAGCUUAUAACUCCAUUAUAAUCAAGAUGCUUGACGAGUUCUUACCUGAAAAAACCAUCAGAGUACAUCACUCUGAUAAACCGUGGAUCACCGGUAAUAUUAAAAUGCAAAUCAAAGCUCGUCAGAAGGCCUUUUCUCGUGGGGAUCAGCCAAGAUACAAACAACUAUGCGAGAAAGUGGCAAAUCUUAUAGCUAAAGCUAAAGCCACCUACUAUCGGUCCAAGGCCUCAGAAUUUCGUACCUCGAAUCAAUCGAAGUGGUAUAACUGUAUCUACUCUUUAGUAAAUGCCGAAAACACAACCCACACCCAAUUUCCACACGGGCCCGAAAACCUAGACUUAUCCGACUUAGCUGAAAAACUUCAGAAAGCCUUCACUAAACCAUGGUCGGACCGUUACACGAAUGUCGCCUUUGAAAUACCUGAAGUGAACCACCCACAUAAGAAUAACAAACCAACCCUUCCUUCUAUUGGCCAAGUUAAAGCGGUCUUAAAACAUCUUAAUCCAAGAAAAGCAACUGGCAUCGAUAAGGUUCCUGCAUGGAUGCUCAAACAAUACCACGAAGACCUAGCUCCUGUGGUUUAUGACAUUGUGUGCUGUAGUAUAAGUCAAUGUUGUUAUCCAUCACUCUACAAACAUGCCCUAAUUUUUCCUGUUCCUAAAGUGCAACCGCCGAGAGACAUUAACAAUGAUUUCCGCCAGAUAUCAGUCUUACCCCAUCUUGCCAAGAUCCUGGAAAAGAUCCAGCUCCAGUUAAAUAUUGAAGACCUGAAAAUUAAGAAUAACCAGCACGCGUUUACUCAACAUCGAAGCACAGUCUCUGCGUUAAUAUCAACUACCCAAACCUGGUUUAAUACCACUGAUUGUUGUGGAUCACAAUAUUCUUUUGAACAAAUUAGCAGCUAUGAACAUAAAUAA